AGCGAUGACGGGGGUUGCCCGGAGCGCUCAGUCGCGGCAGGGAAGUGGCGGAAGGAAGAUGAACGUCCUCUCCGAGGAGGAGUGCUACAAGACCUACGAGGAAGGUGGUGAAAAUGGUUGUCCAGCUGCAUGGGACAGUCUCUUCUGUUGGCCUCCUACCGCCGCAGGAAGUACCGUCUCGCUUCCUUGCUCCUACAUCUUCCCGUUUCUGAGGCAGGACAAUGCGACAGCUGUCGCCUUUCGUAUUUGUGACUAUGAAGGUAAUUGGUCAAAUGGAGGGUGGACCAACUACAGUGAAUGCGAAAAGCUGGAAAUUGAGGAAAGAGAUCCUGUUUCGCCAUUUGCCAUUAGCAUCAUCCUCCUGACAGUCUCCUCAAUCUCUCUGAUCUCCCUUUGCGCAGCUCUCGUGGUUUUCUCAACAUUCCGGAGUUUAGAGUGUCCCAGGGUCCGCGUCCAUCGCCAGUUGUUGCUGUCCCUCCUCCUGCAUGCUUUUAUGUUGAUCGGUGUUGCCGCAGCCGGAUUGCAUCCUGCUCAACUCCUGCGCCAUGCGGAUUGGCUCUGCAAGACCUUGCUCGUUCUCAAGACAUACAGCGCCAUGGCCAGCGUCCACUGGAUGUUCGUUGAGGGCCUGCUACUGCAUGCUUCUGUCACGACUUCCGUUUUCGACAGGCACGCUCCUUUCCCCCUCUACUACUCUUUAGGAUGGGGCAUUCCUGCACUGUGUGUUCUGAUAUGGGUGGUGCUAAUGUCUCUGCACUGGAAAAAAGGCUGCUGGGAAGGAUACGGACAUUCUCCUUUCAUCUGGUUUAUCACAGCGCCCAUGAUCGUCGCACUAUUGGUCAACGCCGUCUUCCUAGUUAACAUCAUCAGAAUACUCAUCAUGAAAAUGAGAACCAAUUCUGCCAUUGAGAGCAAACAAAUCAGACAGGCGGUACGUGCUACUUUGCUGCUCUUCCCUCUACUGGGUGUCACUCACCUGCUGUUCUGCGUCAACCCCGGAGGUCGAUGGGAGCCCUUUUACAUGCUCGUCAACGCACUCCUCCAGUCGUCACAGGGAUUGUUUGUUUCCGUUUUGUAUUGUUUCCUGAAUUCUGAGGUGCAGUCCGUUCUUAGGAGGGCAUAUACUCGAAGACGGUCUUCUACGUGGAGACAUCGUUCUUCUCGAGUUCUGGCCACCAGUCUCACCACUCAACUACCACCACCACCUCCACACGAGGAGGAAACAGCUUUAACUUGAAAACAUCUCGUACUUUUUGAAACCAUUCAAUGCAAGGAAUCAUUAGUGAAAAAUACAAGAAAGUGCUGACAAAAGCAGAAGCCUUUGGAUUUAAAGCUGAUGAGUGGCCGAGCUGGUUUUGUAUUGUAAAUGAUGGAUCUAUGGUAUAAGGAAACAACUGUGCUUAGUGGAGUUAAUAUCAUCAAAUAUACAUGACAAGUGUAACUGUGGGUGUCACUUGUGUUUAAUUGCAUUCGUUUCAUAUGUUUUAGUGCCACAACCUUUUUCCUUUUUCAAUAUGAUUAUAAAACCAAACUGCGCAGUGCUCUUGAUGCAUAUCAUGAACGCAGGAAUUGAUUCCAUGGUGGAUGUGCCAACUUUCUUCAAAUACAACGGAAGGUAUUUUAAUGUGGAAUGAAGAAAAUUUUCAAUUCUUUUUCUUUAAAAAGAAUCGAAGAAUACUUUAAAAGCCAUUGGUAGUUAUAAUGCUACAGAUUACUGUAAAAGCCAUUGGCAGCUAUGAUGUUACAGAUUACUCAAAGAACCAUUGGCAGUUAUGAUGCCACAGAUUACUCAAAGAGCCAUUGGCAGUUAUGAUGUUACAGAUUACUCAAAGAGUCAUUGGCAGUUAUGAUGUCGAAAUUCGAUUCUUGAACAUAUUUGUUAUAUGUUAGGAACUAUUCUUACAUCAAAGGAUAGAAAAGUGUCUCUUGUAUGUGUGUUAUUUUCUUAUUUUACUGUAGAUGUCAGUAUGUAUAGACAGAUGAAAGAUUUUUGGCUAAUUUUAUGACGGAUCAUUAUGUUAUGAAAUUGAAAACACCACCUAUCUCAGGUUUUCUGGCAAUAUAAGCACUGUGAAACAAUUUGCUGUGAAAAAAUGAUAAAUGCGACAAACCUUUCGAUGAAUUGUUAUGUUAUAGCCAGUUUGCUGGAGGACAAUUUCUCGCUCAAGAGCGUGAAAUUGUAGUCUGAUUAUUGGUAAAUUUGCUGGAUCCAAGGGAGAGGACUGGAAGAUAUUACUGAUUUUGCCCUUCAAAUUGACUAUUUAAGGUAUCCGACUAGAUUAAAAAUAUAAAUUUGGAUGAAAAUUGGCAUUUUUUUUUUAAAAAAAGAAGGUAUGUUUCUGUUUCCAGUAAUAUCUUUGUUUUGUCUAUAUCUCAAUUUGAAGUCAAGUUUUAACAAUCCAUUAACACAUAAUUGAUGAUUAUUUAUAUGCAUUUAUAAACUUUAAACUCAUUUUCUGACGAACGAAUUUUUUUCAUAAUUCUACUGUACAAGCAUCGUCAUAUCUCAAAAAAUAAUCAAGAUAUCUUAAUGAAAUUUAUAAUUAGUGCUCGUUAUGUUAUGCAGAAUGUAAUGAACUAUGGAUUUGAUGUUGAAGGCUCUAGAAGAGGAUUUAAGAUUACUUAAUGUAAAUGCUGUUGAAAAAAUUCCAAAAUUUCAUAGAUAAUUUCAUAUAUUGCAUGCAGAAAUUUUAUUUUUGAAUAUAAUUCUUAGAUAAUAGUUACACUCUA